AUGAUCAGGGAAGACUUUUUACAGUUUAUUCCUGUUUCUGAUGUUACAGGCGCUGGUUUAGCAAAUAGUAUAUGCAAUGCCAUGAUUGAAGUAGGGCUAGAUGUAAAAUAUCUGGUUAGCCAAGGAUACGAUGGAGCUAGUGCAAUGAGCGGUGCUCUAAGAGGAGCACAAGCAAUUGUUCGGGAGAGCUAUCCUAAAGCAUUGUACGUUCAUUGUUCGUCACACUGCUUCAAUUUAGCACUUUCUGAUGGAUGUUCAGUUGCAGAAGUCCGAAACUGUCUGGGUACUAUCGAAACAACUUAUAAUUUCUUCAGUUUCCCAAAACGACAACGUGUGCUGGUACAUGAGAUCAAUAAAUUAGUAGAAAAACCUAAAAUAGAAAAAUUAAAAGAUUAUGUCCUACCAGAUGGAUUCAGAGACACGACGCCGUGA